AUGAGGUUGCUUGUCAAUUCCGCACAGUCGGCUGACGUCGAGCGAGACAACCUAGCAUACAUCUACGCUGAGCUGACCAUUCACCUGGCUGCAGUCGCCGCUACAGCUGAGUAUCAGGAGGACCAGAAGUAUCAAGAGCUACUAGCCCGCGAGAUAGACUUCGACGGUGGCUUUGAAGAUCGUCGCCCGAGAAAGGUCAGGAUCCGGUCCAGAGACUGCAAGAGCUGGAUCAAGCGCGACAACCGUAACUUCACUGGUGUCCGUAAGCGCGUGUGUGAGCUUCCACUUCCAUCUCCGAUGAAUAAGCCAUUCUCCCUGGCGCAAUACCAGCGCCAUGCCGUCCAUCUCAUGUCCAGGGUCCUCAAUGUCCGCACCAACGCAUCACCCUUCACACUCGUUCUCGAUGAUCUCAAUCAGCGCGCAGACUCAUUCAUCGCUGAGAUUGCUCGCCGCGCACUCUCGCGCAAUGUCAACGUUGUGUUUGUCACCUUUGAGUCUCGGCCAUCAGUCGCACCCAUCCGCACCGUCCAAGGCUUCGGCACGACUGGCGAUGAGAUCAUGCACGACCUGCGCAAGGCCAUGAGCGACGCGAAAGAGAGCCUCGUCAUCGUCGACAACCUGUAUGAACUUCUCAACAACAAGGGGGUCGAGAUGACUAGUCUCUUCAAUCUCGUCGCCAACAAGUUCACCUCCACUCUCGUCAGCGUCUACCACCAAGAUGUGCUAGAUGCUCGACCAGAAUCACCAUACGCCCCACAGCCACUGGAGCUGGUCAAAUACAUGGCUACCUCAAUCGUCACCUGCAAGUCCUUUGCUCAUUGCCUGGCCGCCAAAGCCGCCAAAGAGCGUAGCCUGCCUGAGCCGACCUGGGGCUUGCUUCAAGGCGCCGAAGGUGUCGUCCAGUGCCUUGACGCCAACGACCACCGCGGCAUCGUCCUCGAAGCAGAGUUCCGACGCAAGUCCGGUCGUCCAGAAGGCGAGACCUACUUCCUCCGCGCACCGCGGCACUCCGACUACCACGCUCCCAUCCCUGGCAUCCCCACCGGUACCCUUAAGCAGGAGUUCGUCAUACUCCUCGACCAGGUCCCUGGAUACGCCAACGAGACGGUUAUUGGCCUUGUCAACGCUGCAGACCAGGAUAUUGAGUCUACCUUCAACCUUGGUCUCACCGAUAAGCAGAAGCAGGCGAGGGAGGGUGUUGUACUACCUUACUUUGAUGCGCAGAAGGGUGAAGGUGCUGGUGAAGGUGGAAGGAUCUUGUAUGACAUGGGCUCCGAGGACGACUUCGAUGAGGAGGAGGACGAAAUCUGA